AUGGCCUCCAAAGUUAUUACAAUUUUUCAUACAUUUAUAAAGCUCCUGUCCUACUAUAAUCCUCAAAUGCUGAAAAAAACUUCUUUAUUACUAAUUCUCAUAAAAUACGUAUUUGGUUUAAGACUGGAAACCUUUAAUCUAUAUAUAUCUCCAUACUCAACUAAAGUUAAUGGCGUUGUAUUUUCUUUGGAGAUAAUUGUAAGUUCAAAGAAUGCCAAUCUCCUAGCUCUUGUUGAUAAUGAAAUCUUGCCUAUAGUCAGAGACGAAGAGUCGAAUCGCUACCAGGUUAGUUGGGUAAGAGCCCUCCCACAAGCCAAAGCAGGUGAAAUUAAAAUAAAUUUUUUUGAGGCCUCUCUUUAUAAAAGCUUAAACGAGUAUGUUCAUGGGAGAGGAUAUUUACCAGAACUUCUUGCGCAGUAUUCCUUUAAGUACAGAGGUGCGUCAACCCUUGAGCCUGCUAUUCCACCUUCAACAGUGGCAAUAUUAAUUUCCUCUUUUUCAUUUUUUGUUGCCCGAAACAUACGGAGAAAUGCUAUACUUCGAAAUACGUUUUAUAAAACACAAGUUAUUCGAUAUUAUAAAGAAAGACUGGUUAACGAAGAGAACGACCAGAAGUCUUCGAAUUAUACCUCGUUUCGCAUUAACCAAGGCGCGCUAGUCAGUAGUUUGUUCUUCCCUCUUAAAGCGAGGGCGGUAUUUUCGAGAGACCCCUCAAAUUUGUUAAUAUUGCAAACAGUUGAGGUAAAAGUGGUUGCUGCCGUUGUUGGGCUCGAUGAGGGUUUGUUUCACGCCCAGCUGGCGUGGAUGGAGAUCGCCAGAGUUACAGCCUUGCAAUACUCCCCGGGUAAAGUUUUUACCCUCGGUAGUUUGCUGUGUGUCUCGCCAUAA